AGGAGAAGGAGAAGAGAAGAAGCAGCAGCAGCAGCAGCAGCAGCAGCAGCAGCAGCAGCAGCAGCAGCAGCAGCAUUAGAAGCCGGCGGGGGCCGGGACGAGGCCCCGAGGGGUGCGGGAGUGACGUGGGGCCCGAGCUCUGGCCGCAGGCACGCCCCAUGCCGGCCCCCGAGCCCCAGAGGCACGCCGGCCCCUGCCCGCGGGCCCUGCGGCCGAGGCGGAGCGCAGCGAGACCCCGACCUGGGCCGGGUGACAGCUCCCCGAGCAGCUUCCCCGGAGGAUGGAAGAGAAAAGCAUGCUGUGUGACUUCUUUGAAGAGGAGAAUCUUACCAGUUCCAGGGAAGAGAGUCCUGAAGGUGAUGUGAGGACAUUUUGGACACAAUUGGGAGGCAGAAGAGUGGAUGUCAUAUUUGAGCAGCUGCAAAACGUGCUGUCGUUGCUGAAGGAAAAGAUCAAGAAUGGAACUGCAACAAACCAAGAAUGCUGGCAGGCUUGGGCACUGGUGAAUGAAGCUAAUCUAGGUGAUCUCUUAACCUUGGCAAAUGUAAGUGAUGAGUUGAAUGGAGAUGGUGCACAGGAAACCAAACCCAAACUGCAGCCUCUUCUGCCAGAUGACAAUGCCGUAGAGACUGUAGAAGCUUCUGACAGUGAAAAAGAGGACACGGAAAGAACCUGCUCAGGGAGUAAAGAAACAUCUAGGAAAAUUCGAGGUUUACCUUUAAAUGUGCAGUAUCAGAACCACAAGUGCUCUAGUGCAUGUCUUGCCAACAGAGCAGUGGAUUCCUACAAGGGUGAAAAUCCUCUGAAGAUCCCAAUCCUGUUUGACUUCCAAAGACGCCAUGCAAAAGCAGACUGCCUUUCAAAGCCGCUGGAUGUGAACUACAAAGCUCCUUGUGGUCGGAGUCUGAGGAGCUUUCGAGAUGUGCGAAACUACUUGUUUGAAACAGAGUGCAAUUUCUUAUUUGUUGAUCACUUCUCCUUCAACACCUAUGUGCUGUUGGGCAGGAACACCAUGAAUCCCGAGCCCCUCGUGUUCGAGUUCGAUAUUAGCGACGGAGCCGAGUCUGUGCCCAUCUCCUUCUGUAACAACCUCGACCACGCAAGGUUGCCUUAUUUCAAGUAUCGGAAGUCGUCGUGGCCACGUGGAUAUUACCUCAACAAUCUCUCCAGCCUGUUUGUUGAUUCCUGUGACUGCACAGAUGGCUGCAUCGAUAAGUCAAAAUGUGCAUGCCUACAGCUAACAGCAAGAGGCUGUAGUAAAAUUUCUCUGUCUCCAAGUAGUAAAAGACCCCGUGGAUACCGUUACAAGAGACUGGAGGGACCUGUUCCUAGUGGGAUUUAUGAGUGUAGUGUGCUGUGCAGGUGUGACAAGCUGAUGUGUCAGAACAGAGUUGUACAGCAUGGCAUUCAAGUCAGGCUGCAAGUGUUCAACACAGAGAAGAAGGGCUGGGGUGUCCGCUGCCUGGAUGACAUCGACAAGGGGACAUUUGUUUGUACUUACUCAGGCAGAUUAAUGAGCAGAGCUGAAGUUUUGGGAGAUGCUGAGCAAGAGCUAAAGCAGAAAAGUGCAGUGAAUGAUAGAGGCCAUGACUUUUCUUCCAAAAAAAGAAAACUUGACCUUGUUCGUUCAGACUCAGUGAUUGAACUAGUGCAGACUGACAAAAAUGACAUUCUUGAGAAUCAGGAAUCUUUGUCUCACACUGUGGAUAAUGAAAAUAAAUCAACUCUGGUUCAUCUAAAGAAUUCAAAUAAUGCAACUGUGAGAAGGCCUGGAACUAGAACACUUGUUUUUUGCAAUCACCAGCUAAAAAUGGUGCACAGUGCCAGCUCAGAUGAAGAUGAAAGCUGUCAGAUUCAUCAGUCAAGCAAAACAAAACUAACCAGUGGAACAAAGAAAGGAAAAGAAAAAUCCACCCAGCAGCAGAAGGAAGAACAUCUGAUGGAAAUUGGACAGACUGACUCUGCUGGUGUAGAGAGUGCAGGAUGCAAGAGUCUGUCAGUGCAGAGUGUUGAUUGUGGCAAGUCCAGUGUGCUGGAUGACACAUGUGUUGUGAGGCCAUCCAGCAAUGCACCCCUAAACACUGACUGCAAAGGAAAUAGCAGGCAGCCAAAACAAGAUGCACUUUGUGAGGAGUCUGAGGGUGAUGAGAUGCUUCCCAAGAACACUAAUGAAGAAAAUAUUUAUAUACUGGAUGCCACAAAAGAAGGAAAUGUGGGUCGUUUUCUAAAUCACAGCUGUUGCCCAAAUCUCUUUGCACAAAGUGUGUUUGUAGAAACUCACAACAGAAGUUUUCCAUGGGUGGCAUUCUUCACAAACAGACAUGUGAAAGCUGGAACCGAACUCACCUGGGAUUAUGGUUAUGAAGCUGGAAGCAUGCCAGAGACAGAGAUUUCCUGUCACUGUGGAGUUCAGAAGUGCAGGAAAAAAACCUUAUAGGCAAAAUGUGUUUCCUACUGUCAACACAUCUUGUACCUGGGAAUUUAUACGCUGGAAGAGAUGACUGCUCAGCGAACAGCCCGCAAGUCCGUGGUGCUAAUUGCAUUCAACUAAAAUGCCUUUCACCUGAUGAUUUUUUAAAUUUACAUUUAAAUGCCACUUUUGUAGUUCACAGAAAUAGAACUGUUUGUCCUAAGAACAGACAUCAAGCCUUUCCUAGAUAAUUUCUGUUCUCCUGGUCUUCCUCCUCCCUGCUUCUAAUCCACAAGCAAAGUUCAUAGUGUACUGGAAGAAUUCCUGCUCCAUGCCAGCUGCAGCAGAGACACGACUGAUGAGAGCAACAGUUCCUUGGUGCUUUCUGUGCCCCUCCACAGUGCUGAGUUAGCAAAACUCAGGUUUCUGAACUUCAUUAUGAAUUUCAUAUUAAUUCAUUAUGCCUUUCUGGGCACUAGGAAUUGUUAAAAUACCCCUAAGCCUGUUGCAUCUGGUGGGACAGAUAGUCGUGAACAGAGAAUUAAACAGAACAGUUCUGCAGAGCUGUGUUUGUGCUACAAAAUGAGCUGGACAAGUCCUGCUGCAGCAGAAGAGAAAUGACUGGGUUUUGUUGGAUUGCACCCCUCUCCACGUUUGUGACACGCAGAGAAAUCCUUGAGAAAUCCAAUGUACCUCAUCUCAGUGCCAUAUUGUGUAUGGGACAGGUGGGCCACAGAAUUGCUUACCACAUGGUUUGUUGGUAAGAAGGAAACAAGCUGCAUUAGGAGACGAGUGCAGAUGCAGGAGGUGACUCUGAAAUGGAGCAAGGGAUGGCUGUGCAGGUGUGUGGCUUUUCAAUGUGUUGGAGCCUUGGGCAAGCAAGGAGGUGGCGCAGGUGAGCAAUUCAGACACUUGAAGAACCACUGCCAAAGGUUUCAAAAAAAAUGGUUUUAUUGAAAAUGUUGCAAAAGUAAGACUUAACAAAGUUUGAUAGUAAAGUUUCUUCUGUUAUUGCAGAGGAUAUGAUAAUGAUUUAAAGUUACCCAUACAAAAUCUAGUGGCACCGUAAUAAAAGACUGUGUACGAUGUUGGUCACUUACCAGAAACCUGCAGCUGAUCAGGUGUGUCUCAGCCUCGAGGAGUAACACUGAGAGUAUCCCAGCUUACAGGGAAAUCCCUGCCAUACAGCCAGCUGAAUAACAUGAGAGCUAAAAAAGGGUUCACUCAGGCUGUUAUUUAUGGGAUAAAGUGGUUGGCUUGAAGUCAAAGUACCUUUGUUAGAGAAGGUAAACAUGAGUCUUGUACCUGCAUCUUUCUUCCGUGAUAAAUGAGUUUUGGAAGAACCAUCUGCUAUUCAUGUGUUAAUUGUGUGGUUGGUAUCCCAGAUUCCACUUCCAUAUGCCUCAGUGCUCACCAUGUCACUCUGCUCCUGUGGGGGUUUGCAGAGAAAUGGUUGGAACAAAUGAAGGUCUUGGCCUGGUUAUGUCCAAGCCUAUACUGCAAAAUGAAGGAUAAGCAGGAAGCAGUUCUCAGCCCUGAGGCCAAGAGGCAGUGGAUGUCUUAUGCACACAUGGCUUAGGGUUCUAUUUUAAUUGGGUUGUAUCUGUGCUGUGUAACUGUGGACAAACAUGGUAUCUGUGGCCCUGAGUGGAGGGGUUUUUGUUUGUUUUGUAUACUUCAAGCUUAAAAGUCAUGGAAUUGUACAGCAACACUUGAUGCUCUUAAAUUUUUCAAGUUUCGUCAUACAUAAGGAGUUUCAGCCUGUUAAAAGUGGACCUUCCACAGGGAUAACAGACCUGUGAACCAUUCUGCUUACAGUGAAACCUCAGAUCUCUCUCUCAGCUCUGUUUGAGAGUUUGGAACAUCCAGCAAGGAGACCUCUCCUCGGCUUUGGUCCCUGUCAUCGCACUCUGGGUUUGUGUGGGCUUUCACCACCCAUCUUCAGGGGUAAAUGUGGAAGAGUGGGGUUACCCCAGUGUUGGUGCAGUGCCUCUUCAGAAGGUCAGAGCCACCCACUCUUGCCUUGAUCAGCCCCUCUGUAACUGCAGCCCAUGUGUGAGCUGAAGACAGCACUCAGCCCAGUUGCUUUUUGCUUCGUUGAAGAUCUGUCUCUCCUCAGAGGGAAUAUGCCUUGGGAUAUCGUCCUUCAGUAUUAACCAGAGACAUGCCAAAGUGUAUGACAAAACCCACAGGUAAUCCAGGAAUGGUAUUAGCCUUUUAAAGAAAUGAAGAUGCAGAAAACAUUUAUGUUCCUGCUUGACUUGAAUGUGGAAAAGAAGAUGGGAAUGUUUUUAAAGCAUCGGGGUGGGGUGUGGAAGACAGGAUAUUUUACUGCUGUUGAUGAUAUAUUCCAGAUCAGUGGUAGGAAUUAAUGAUACUGGGCUGGUGAGGAAGAGCCCUGUUUCUUAAUGCAGGAAGACAGACCUGAUGGUUCAAAAGAGGCAGCACUUACUUGCUCCAUGUGGUCUGCAGCUAUGGGAGAGCCUGCUGUGAGUGUAGAUGUCACACAAGGCGUGCAUAUGAGACAGGGCUUUUUGGCUAGCUGGGUUUAUCAGGUCUGUCUCCAGGUUGGUGCUGCUUCAUGUUCCUCCUCCAGACCAGAGAUCAUAACUAUCCAUGCAAAAAUGACCUUACACGGUGUGAUUUCUGCCUGCUUCUGUAGUAUUGUUAGAAUCUUCUGCUGAGGGUGUCCUGCAAGUAUCCUCUGCAGGUAAUGACCACAGGAGUGCUCACCUGGGCUCUCUCUCUGCUCUGCUUACCGUUCCUCUGCUUGUCACAGCUCACAGAUGGGGACAUUUCUCAGCACAGCCCCUCGUGUCACCCGUGCUUUAGCAGAGCAGUGUGUAGAAGCACUGAGCACAAGCACUGAUGGAAAAACAGCUGAAGAUAUUCCAAGUGAAGUACUCCAAGCACCUGUGGAAUGACUCCUCUGGGACCUCUCAUCAGCUUGUCAGGGGCAUCAUAAAUGAAGGGUACCUGAUGGGAAUUAGUUGCAUUGAGAUGUGAAUCACAGCUCUUACAGUGAGCAAGCUGAUCCCUAUGGAGGGACAGUAGGGAUGUGAGGAUGUACAAGGGCUCCAUGGUAAUAAGUACUAACACCCAAGAUAAGCAUACAAAUGCAAAGACAGCUGAAGAUCACUUACAGUGUAAGUAUAAAAGAAACUGCACUGGAGCUUAUUAACUGAUUUUUUUAUUUUUUUUUUUUGCCAAAAAUGCACUGAGCAUUAAUUUCCAGCUCUGUCACAGAACUGUAUGACUUGAUAGUGGAACAGUUUGGAGGAAGAGCUCACAAGGGUUUUGGACUUUGGAAAUUCUCCACAGAGAAUUUUUCCUGUGUUGAAGAACAUACUUCUGUUAGGAAGAUUGUACUAGUUUAAGAUUUAUGCACCUGUGGGUGCUUGAAUCACGUUGACUCAUUUGAGUAUAAUCUAGGUAAUAGAUCUGGGAAUUGGAAUUGUGUAGCAGUAUUUGGCUAAUAGAUAUAAUCUAAUGGCAAGCCUGGACACGGCUUGAUCUUAGCUCCUAUAUGCUGCAUCUGGGCAGAUGCAAAGGGAUUUGGGAAACAGCUGAAAUGAUGCCAGUAGUGCUGGAAAGCCAAAGCUGAUCUAGCUGAUAAAGGGAACCGAUCUGAAAAGCUCCAUGUUGUGUUUGGUGUAGCCUCCUGAUGAGCCAGAAUAUGCCUAUUGAUGUGGCUGAUGAGCUCGCUGGAGGAGGUUCAGCAAGACCAAGUGCCAGGUCCUGCACUUGGGUCACAACAACCCCAGGCAGCCCUUCAGGCUGGGGGAAGAGUCUGGAAGGAUGCCCAGCAGAAAAGGAUCUGGAGGUGAUGGUUGACAGCAGCUGAACAUGAGUCUGCCCCGGUGGCCAAGAAGGCCAGUGGCAUCCUGGCCUGUGUGAGAAACAAAGCCCACUCUUCCAAACGUUAAGAGUUUAAUAAGGGAUAACAAGGGACAGAUCAACAAAGCACAGUGCUCUGUGUGUGGCAACAGCCAGAAGCACACCCAGUUCUUUAGCAAGCAGUCCUUUAUACUGCUGCAGUUGCAUUACUUCACCAGAUGAUUUGCACAUUUCUUGGGGCCUGUUUACAACUCUGCCUCAGGCUGUCACAGCAUUGCAUAGUCCACAGCUACAGUCUCCAAGGGUCCCUCAGGGAGGCAGUCCAGGGUGGUCUUCUGAUGCCACUCUAGACUUAGAGAACUUACAGAAAAUACCAUAAAUGUAUUCUCCUUUUAUGGUAUUUUGUUCUCUGCCUUUGCUGUCUCGGUGUUAAAUAACCAUGUAGUUGUUGGCUUUCACUAAUUGGCUUUUGCAAAUUAUUAAAGUGGAUGCUGUGUUGUGCAUUACAACGUUAACUUUUGCAGAAGUAGCUGUAGUAGUGAAAUAAUAACAAAUACUUUUAUUUUUGUAAAUAACUGACAAUAAUGAGAAUAACUCAAAAUAUAUUUGUGAAAUAGCUAAUGUUGAUUUAAAGUACUUGUGGAAAUAGCCAAAACAGUCUGCAUGGUCAGAUAACUUUUAAGGAAUGGAUGGGAUGAGGAUCCCUGCUGCUGACUGUCAAUAAUUCUCACCUGCUGAAACAGAAUGGGGCUGUUGUGAGGAGGUGACACACAGCCCUCAAAACCACAUCCACGAUUACUGCAUGUACUCUAAAAAGGUGGGUCGGGGUCGAAGCAAGCUAAAGAAUUCCCAGAACAUGUAAACGAGUUCAAAGAAAUGUUUGAACAAGUAUAAUCUUUAUGAAUAUGUAUUUGGCCAAUGCAAUAUAAAAAGCAUAUAAGGAGAGUUAUUAUGGUUAGCUGAUGUGCCUCUGGCCAUAGCCAAGCACCCAGCACUGUUAUUGAUUUGUCCCUUUUAUCCCUUAUUAAACUUUUAAAAAUUUUGAAAAGUGGAGUUCAUUUCUCACACCUGGAUCAGCAAAAGUGUGGCCAGCAGGACCAGGGCAGUGAUUGUACCCUGUACUUGACCCUGGUGAGGCCACACCUCAAAUCCUGUGCUCAGUUUUGGGCCCUUAAAAUCAGUGUUAUGAAUGAGGUCCUAUAUGUCUAAUUUAAUAAACCACAAAAUUAGAAUUUAACAGCAGUUUUAAUUGAGUAGCAAUUUUAUAUAAAAUUAAUACAAUCAGGUAAGCAUGUGCAAAGUAAAUUUGGCAGUGAUUAUUUAAGUCUGAUUAAGGUUCUGAUAAGGCAUAAGCAAAACAGACCAGGGUACAAACCCGACCAGGCUUAGUGGGGGAUUUCUCACCCUGCCUCUCCUACCAAAAAACAAAGGAAUCCAAACACAACUUACAUACUGUAUGCUAAUACAUAUUCAUCAAUAUUUUCCCAUAAAUCUCCUCCUAUUUUCAAUUCUUGAAAUCUCCAUCACUGUCCUGCAUAGCACAUGCUCCACUUGUUUCCAAGGGGCCUUCUUGGCUCUUCGGUGGUCGCUUCUGGUGAAGGCUUCUCAUCAUCCUCGCUGUCCUUUGAACAACCCCUCAGGUUGCACAUGUACCCCAAGUCUCGUGUUAUAGAAGCCAGCAUUAUAUUCAAAAAAUAAGCCUUACUAUUUCAUAGAUACCUGGAAUCAUCCCAAUUUUGUGCAUUUCAAGGCUGAUCCCUUAAUUAUUCUGAGGCUGGGAUCCUUUUUGGGAUAUUGCUUAUCUCAGUACUCCAUCCUGUAUCCUAUUUUUUCAUGAACAUCUGAAAACAUCUGUUUUGUGACACUAAUUCUAUAUCCUUUUCCUCUGUUGCUUUUUAACAAAUACUUUCCAAAAUAUUGAUAUGGUUACAUUUGUUAGCACGAAUCAUAUUCUUUUUUCACAUCAGGAAGGACGUGGAGGGGCUGGAGCGUGUUCAGAGGAAGGCAGCAGAGCUGGGGAAAGGUCAGGAGCACACAUCCUGUGCAGAGCUGCUGGGGAAGCUGAGGGUGUUUAGUCUGGAGAAAAGAAGGCUCCCAGCUGACCCUGCCUGUGAAAAAUGACAAUCUCUUGUUUUUAAAAUUGUAGAAGUUUAAUAGUAAUAAAAUGGUUAUUAAAAUAGUAAUAAAAUUAGCGUAAUAAAAUUUUGGACAAUUAGGAUUAGGAUGAUACGAGACGAUAAAGAAUUAUGGACAGUCCGGGUACCUCUUUCUUGGCAAAAUAAGCUCCAAAAAAGGACACACGUUAACAGAGGAUUAACCCUUCAAAGCAACAGCCUGUUGCAUGUUCAUACAUCUCAUACAUGAUGCAUAAAUUCCAUUCAAACAAAGAACUCCGUCUGGUCAGUGUCAGCUUUUCCUCUUCAUCCUGAUGGCAUCUUCAGGGCUGAGCAAGGCAGGAAGAAGUUAGUUUCUUCUGAUAAAGGAGCAAUAAAUUCUUC